AUGCGGCAAGUUCUUGCCCCGAUUCUCUUUCUGCUGAGUGCCCUGUGCACCCCGCCGCCGGGCCUUCCGGGAAUCGGGGAUCGAGCCGCCAACAUGGUAUUAGAGGACGGGGCUAAAGAGCUGGCAGAGGAGCUCAAGGAACAGAAGCAGACCGCCGUCCUCCUCGUCAAGCUGUCGGCUGGUCUGAUCUUCACCAUCUACGGGCCCCUGCACCGGGUCAUCUUCUGCGUAAGCGCCAUCCUGCUUAUCGUCUGUCUCCUCCUGAGCCUUUUCACGGCCAUCCUGGCCACCGUCCGCCGGAGCUCGCCGGCGGCCGCCAGGUGGGCCAGAAUCGUCAAUUGCGGCGUCCUUAUCGCCAUUGCCCUCGUCGUGAUGGAAUGGGCAGCGGCGCCAGCUGGUGCCGGUGCGCUGAAUACGUAUUGA